GGGCGCCCUCCGCGGCGGGCAGCGCGCCAGGGACCGGCCUCCGCAGCCGCCGGGCGCGCGAAGGCUACACUUUCCCUUCGGCCCCCCUCGUUUCCUCCCGCGGGGCGGCAGCGGAGAUUUCCUCUCGGGGAAACUACGCGAAUCCUUCCCGGGGCUCCUCGCCCCGCCCCACUUCUCCGCCCCCUCCCCUUUGCUGGGGAGUUGGUGCCGACCUGCGCUGGGAAGAGGCUCUGGCAGCCUGAGCCGGGAGGUGGAGGUGGCGGGGCGGGGGGCGGGGGGGCCGCGGAGCCGCAGGCCACCGACUCGCCCCGCCAUGUGACGCUGCGCUCCGCCCAGGGACCCCCGUCGCGCCCCGGGCCCGCGCCCGCGCUGGGUCGCGCCGGGCACCAUGCUUCUGCCUGGACACGCGCGCCCGCCGCCCGCCCCGCAGCCCGCGCAGCAUCCUGGGCUCCGCAGGCAGGUAGAGCCUCCCGGGCAGCUCCUGCGCCUCUUCUACUGCGCGGUCCUGGUCUGUUCCAAAGAGAUCGCGGCGCUCACGGACUUCUCCGGUAAGAAGCGCCCUCCCUCGCCCCGCGCCCCCCGCGCCGCGGUGCGCCCAGGUUAUCUAACCAAACUCCUGCAAAACCACACCGCCUAUGCCUGUGAUGGGGACCGUUUGAAUCUACAGUGCCCUCGGCAUUCCACGAUAAGUGUUCAAUCGGCAUUUUAUGGGCAGGAUUACCAAAUGUGUAGUGCCCAGCAGCCUGCCUCCCAGAGGGAAGACAGCGUAGCCUGCGUGGCACCCACCACGUUGCAGAAGGUGCUGGACGAAUGCCAGAACCAGCGGGCCUGCCACCUCCUGGUCAAUAGCCGUGUUUUUGGACCUGACCUUUGCCCAGGAAGCAGUAAAUACCUCCUGGUCUCCUUUAAAUGCCAGCCUAAUGAAUUAAAAAACAAAACCGUGUGUGAAGACCAAGAGCUGAAGCUGCACUGCCACCCCUCAAAGUUUCUCAACAUCUACUGGGCGAGCUAUGGCAGGAGGACCCAGGAGAGGGACAUCUGCUCCUCAGAAGCAGAGCGGCUCCCCCCAUUUGACUGCCUGUCUUAUUCAGCUUUGCAAGAAUUAUCCAGGAGGUGCUAUGGGAAGCAGAGAUGCAAAGUCAUGGUCAACAAUCACCAUUUUGGGAGCCCCUGUCUGCCAGGAGUGAAACAAUACCUCACUGUCACCUAUGCGUGUGUUCCCAAGAACAUACUCACAGCGAUUGAUCCAGCCGUUGCUAAUCUAAAACCUUCUUUGAAGCAGAAAGAUGGUGAAUAUGGUAUAGACUUUGACCCAAGCAAACCGAGGGUUCUAAGGAAAGACGGAGUUAUUGUUAGCAACUCUCUGGCAGCAUUUGCUUACAUUAGAGCCCACCCCGAGAGAGCCGCACUGCUGUUCGUGUCCAGUGUCUGCAUUGGUCUGGCGCUCACAUUGUGCGCCUUGGUCAUCCGAGUGUCCUGCACCAAGGACUUCAGGGAGCUGCAGCUGACGAGGGAGCACCUGGUGCCAGAAAGUGCCAAGGCUGAGGAAGACAGCGAGGAUGAAGAGGGGGAGGAGGACUCCUCUGACUCUGAUUUUCCGGGAGAACUGUCUGGGUUUUGUAGGACUUCGUAUCCUGUCUACAGUUCCAUAGAGGCUGCAGAGCUGGCAGAAAGGAUUGAGCGCAGGGAGCAAAUCAUCCAGGAAAUAUGGAUGAACAGUGGUUUGGACACUUCACUCCCAAGAAAUAUGGGCCAGUUCUACUGAGAAAGAGAUGCGUCUUCGUGCGAUCACACUUUCUGAAGAGGGAAGGAUCCAAAAUGCCCCUCCAGUUCUGUUUCACUUGUACCUUCUAUGAAGGAGUAUUUGUCAGGUCAUCCAAUACUGGUGAAGCCAGAAGCUAUUAAAGGGACAUUUCAAACUGUUUACAGUACAUUUCAAAAUAAAUUAGGAGGGAA